AGAAUCACGCGCAAGCGCUUCUAUUGAUCACUUACACGUUCCAGAAACCAGGAAGUUACUUCUGGUUUACGGACACAUGAGUUGGUUGAAACAUUUCAAAUGAAUCGUCUCGUUUAGUCGUAGCUACUUGUCUUCAUACAAACAGCUAUUCAAAAUGAACAUAUCAGAAAAUGGAGCAGUAGGCAAUGCCAUUACAGUGCACGAUUUCUCAGAGAAGAUUCUGGAGCAAACGGUUCACUUUCACGUCAUGAAACUCAAUGGGGGUUUUUUCCUUUGGGUCGGCUCGAACCCGGUUUUGUCCAAUUUGGCUGUUUCAAUGGAAAGUAAAUUUGUGAGUAACCGACUGUAUAAUAAAUACAGUGUUACAGAGAAGACUAGCUAACAGAGAUGGGAAGCUAGCUAGCUUCACUGUGUAAUGUUUCUAGCUAGCUACGUUAAAGUUAUUAUAUCGGCUGAUGAUGUGUCCUAUUCUGUGUGUGUAAAUUCAGGAUUCGAUGCCGCUGUCUACGUUAGUCCUGGGGGACCCAUCUGAAACAACCCAGAAUUCACUGGCGCAGAGAUUGAGUAAGCACCCCUUUCUUCAUUUUCCUGUCAAUAUCCUAUCUCUCUGAGGAUUGGCUGUGUCCUCCACAGACCAUGAUGUAAUUGUCCAGCUUAAUGCUAUCAUAAUGGUGCUUUCAAGACAACUGGGAAAUCGGAAAAAAACGACAUCAGGGCAGAAAGUCGGAGAACUAGAAAGAUGGAGCUAUAUCGGUCCCCUUACAGGACUUUUAAAGGCCCAGUGCACAAAAAAUAUAUAUAUAUAUAUUUGUAUUAAUAUUAGUUUUUAUUCAGAUUUUUCAGGUGUUGUUGCAGCACCCUCUGCACCCCUACUUCCUGCGGCUAUGGUCAGAACUUUUUUCCCCCCAAGUUGCCAGUUGUUUUGAAUGCGGCAUAAGACGGGCCACAUAUUUACACACACACACACACACACACACACACACAAACUCAUCCAAGAUGCCACAACUUUGUGCUUACAGUCAAAUCUGUCUAAUAAUCAAUUAUACAAUAUAAACUCAACAUGCAACAAUUUCAACAACUUUACUGAGUUACAGGAAAUCAGUCAAUUUAAAUAAAUUCAUUAGGCCCUAAUCUAUGGAUGGAUGGGGAGCCUGGCCCAGCCAUCAGAAUGAGUUUUUCCCCACAAAAGGGCUUUAAUACAGAAGUAAAUACUCCUCAGUUUCAUCAGCCGUCCGGGUGGCUGGUCUCAGACGAUCCCGCAGGUGAAGAAGCCGGAUGUGGAGGUCCUGGGAUGGCGUGGUUACAUGUGGUCUGCGGUUGUGAGGCUGGUUGGACAUACUGCCAAAUUCUCUAAAACGAAGUUGGUAGAGAAAUGAACAUUCAAUUCUCUGGCAACAUACUGUGGUGGACAUUCCUGCAGUCAGGAAGCCAAUUGCACACUCCCUCAAAACUUGAGACAUCUGUGGCAUUGGUUGUGAGACAAAACUUCACAUUUUAGAGUAGCUUUUUAUUGUCCCCAGCAGAAGGUGCACCUGUGUAAUGAUCAUGCUGUUUAAUAAGCUUCUUGAUAUGCCACACCUGUCAGGUGGAUGGAUUAUCUUGGCAAGGGAGAAAUGUUCACUAACAGGGAUGUAAACAAAUGUGUGCACAACAUUUGAGAGAAAUAAGCUUUUAUGUGUAUGGACAAUUUCUGGGAUCUUUUAUUUCAGCUCAUGAAACAUGGGACCAACACUUUACAUUUUGCAUUUAUAUUUUUCCUUCACUAUAGUUGCUAUAUGUUAUUCAGAAUCAGAACAUUUACAGAAAUCUAGACUGUUAAACCACUAACCAGUAUGAUGCUCUUUUGUUGGUGUCAGUUUACACCAUUUGAAACAUCACUAACCCAGCUGUUCUCCAUAUCCUUUGUUUUCCAGCUAAGAGGACUAAGAAACAGGUGUUUGUGAGCUACAACCUGCCCAUGACCGACUCCAACCUGUCUCUGCUGGUGGAGAAUAGGAUAAAGAAGGAGAUGGAAGUUCGCCCUGAUCAAUUUUAACCUUUUCCCCCAUUUAUACUGACUUUGUACCGAAAUAAUACAAUGGAGAGAACAACAUUACCUACCUGUCUGGACUGUUCUGUCACUUGCUGUUUUAGCACUUGAGAUCUAACCAGAGACUGUCUCUGUGUAGAGGCUGCAGACUCACACAUCAUUUUUCGUGCCCACCCACAAACUCCGUCUACAGACAUCACAUGUAUCACCUCGAUAGUGUUCAUUUAUUGACAUAACCAAUAAAUGAAGUGGUUUAUUAUCAAAACAACAUUUAUGGUUUUAAUAUGUACAGGUACA